AUGAGCCCAUCAGGAAUGGCGUCCUCAGUUCCUCGAGUGUCAAGGGUCGUACGAUCAUUGACUCAGCGCAACAGCCUCCCAACAGCGACUACCACACGUCCGGUUGUUCGAAUCAGCCCACUAUUUCACUCUCGGGCCUUACAUCAAGCUCCUCAGCGCAAGUCACAACCGGCUACUGCGCAAUCCAGUUUACGAGACUCGUCCAAUCCUGCUCUUUCCUUUCCAUGCCUCGAUGCCCAGGAAGCCAAAUCUGCCCAGCUAUCCGCGCGGUCGCUUGAAUCCGGGCCUGAACCUUCAUACACUACUGGUCACCAUGAGCAAUUUCACUGCGAAGAUCCGAUUCUUCUCGACUGGGGUGGUGUGCUCCGCGAAUUUGACAUCGCGUACGAAACUUGGGGUCAAUUAAACGCCGACAAGAGCAAUGCCAUUCUGUUACACACCGGCCUUUCAGCAUCGAGUCACGCACACAGCACCGAAGCUAACCCGAAGCCGGGCUGGUGGGAAAAGUUCAUCGGUCCCGGUAGGCCUCUUGACACGAACAAACACUUCAUUAUUUGCACAAAUGUCAUCGGAGGUUGUUACGGAAGUACUGGACCCUCGACAAUUGACCCUUCCGACGGCAAGAGAUAUGCCACUCGAUUCCCCAUCCUCACGAUUGAGGAUAUGGUACGGGCACAGUUCCGCCUUCUGGAUUCACUAGGCAUUCAAAAGUUGUAUGCAUCUGUUGGAUCCAGUAUGGGCGGGAUGCAGAGUCUUGCUGCCGGUGUCCUUUUUCCGGAGCGCAUUGACAAAGUUGUCAGCAUUAGCGGAUGCGCACGGAGCCACCCCUACAGCAUUGCCAUGAGGCACACACAACGUCAAGUGCUGAUGAUGGAUCCGAAGUGGGCCCGAGGCUUCUAUUAUGACUCCGUCCCCCCUCAUUCGGGAAUGAAGCUCGCUCGAGAGAUUGCCACUGUGACUUACCGCAGUGGUCCCGAAUGGGAAAUGCGGUUCGGACGCAAGCGCGCAGAUCCCAGCAAGCAGCCCGCUCUCUGUCCGGAUUUCUUGAUUGAGACGUACCUUGAUCAUGCCGGAGAGAAAUUCUGUCUGGAGUAUGAUCCGAACAGUCUGCUUUAUGUGUCGAAAGCCAUGGACUUGUUUGAUUUAGGCUAUGCCCAUCAAGCAGAGACUCAGCAGCGGAGAGCCGCCAACGAAAUUAAGAUCGCUGAGGGCGGUAGCGAUGCUCAAGAAAACAAUAUCACCUGCAGCUUGACUCUUCCCGCGAAGCCGUAUGAAGAGCAACCAUCUCAGACUGCGUCAACGCCUUCUAUGGACCAAGCUGUCACCGAUGGUGGAAAGGGGCCGGAUACGCCCCCACAAGAUUUGGUCCGUGGACUUGCACCGUUGAAGAACCACCCAGUCUUGGUGAUUGGCGUCGCCAGUGAUAUUCUCUUUCCGGCCUGGCAACAACGCGAAAUCGCAGAGACGCUUCGCGCAACAGGAAACCAAACUGUUGAGCAUAUUGAGCUGGGAGAGGAUGUGUCACAUUUCGGGCAUGAUACCUUCCUGCUUGAUCUGAAGAAUAUUGGAGGUGCCGUGGAAAAGUUUUUGCAGUAG